AUGUCUACCUCUCGUCCAGAGUUCGAUGGAAAUACUUCAGGCACAGAAGUUGCGAGUGCCUUUGCCAGCCAAAUCAAGGGCAAGAAUGUGGUUAUCACUGGUGUUGGUCCUGACAGUCUGGGAGAAGGCCUCGCUGUAGCAAUAGGCGGCCAGAACCCUUCUUCGUUGAUUCUGGCAUCACGUACAGAGUCCAAAGUCCAGCAGGUUGCCGAUAAGGUCCGACAGCUCUCACAUUCAACAUCUGUCAUAACAGUAGUCUUGGACCUCGCAUCCCAAAAGUCGAUCCGCGCCGCAGCAUCCCAGAUCCAAGGCCUGGUCGAUCGAGUCGACAUCCUGAUCAACAAUGCAGGUAUGAUGGUCUUGGACCACCAGCUCACUGAGGAUGGAAUUGAGAUGCAAUUCGGAACCAACCAUAUUGGCCAUUUUCUCUUCACAAACCUACUCAUGCCACAAUUCAAAGUCGCAGCUAGCACUUCAACCCGCGGCGCCACGCGAAUUAUCAAUGUCACUAGCGCUGGACACCGGCUGUCGCCCAUUCGAUUCCACGACUAUAACUUCGAAGGGAAAGAGACCCCACCCGAUGAAAGACCACCUGAUGGCUUACCAGCAAUGUUUAAUCCCGCAUCAAAUGGAUAUAAUGGGUGGUUGGCUUACGGGCAGUCCAAAUCGGCCAACAUUCUCUUCUCGCUAUACCUCACGCGACAUCUAGAGUCGGCCGGCAUACUGUCGUAUAGCGUUCAUCCCGGCUCAAUCGUCACGGGGUUGAGUCGGAACCUAGAUGAGGCUGGCACCGAGACCAUCAUGAAGACCAGUGCGGUGUGGAAGAAUUUGGAUCAAGGGGCUGCAACCAUGCUCGUGGCUGCAUUUGAUCCGGCAUUAUCAGUCGUCACCGAUCCGUCAGCUGUGUAUCUUAGCGACUGCCAGUUUGCAAAAACUGCUCCUCAUGCGGUGGACGUUAAUGUGGCGGAAAGACUGUUCAAGCUAAGCGAGGAACUGGUUGGAACAAAAUUUCAACUGUAA